CCAUCGGCCCUCUUAGGGUUUGGAGCAGUAGUGGUUCUGUUGUUGAGGUCGCAGGAUGCACAGGAUCUUUCUCUUGGCCUUGUUUUCCGCAACUUCCGCGUAACGCUGGCUCAGGUUCCCCUUGGCGGCGGCUUUCUUGAAGGACGGUCCAGCAGCAGCAGCAGCUUCUUGUCUCGGAGUAUUAUUAUUGAAGGCGGCGGCCGCAGGGGCAGAAUUAUUAGCCGCGGCGGCCAAUUGGCGCUGGUGGGGUUUCUUCUUGAGAAUCUUGAUCUUUAUCUUUCUUGAACAAGAAACAGCUGCCAAUGGAUGCGCUGAUUGCCUCCGCGAAGAAAGAUGUACUUGUUCACCUUGUGAAGUUAUCCCAAAAACGUGGAAUGAAAGGAAGCAAAGGAAGUUGGAAGGAUUUUUUGCAACUUUAUGACAAGAAGUUUGGUUCUAGCAUGUCUGACCCUGCUAGGAGAUCUGUUGAAGACUUAGCUGCAUUUUUGAAAACAUUUAGUCAGGAUGAGGAUUUAAAGAUAUUUGAAAAGGUUUUGCAGUGUCAUACCAAUCGUGAUGCCAUGAUUGAAUUCCAAAAACAUUCAGAAAACUGUGAAUCCCCUGAACAGAGGCUAGUUUGCUUAACUCUUAACCACCCUCAGUAUGCAGUUGAUUAUUCCCUACCAUCGUACGAAGAGGGCUGGUUAGUUACCAAAUGCAGUAAAAAGUCCAAGGAAAUGAAAUCGACUAAAAUGCUUGCAAUUGAUUGCGAGAUGGCCCUUUGUAAUGAUGGAACAGAAGCUUUAAUCCGUGUCUGUGUUGUCGAUCAAAAUUUUAAGGUUAAACUUGAUAAAUUUGUAAAGCCAAGUAAAACAAUCACAGAUUACCGAACAGAUAUUACUGGAAUUAAUGCUUCUGACUUAGAUGGAGUUACAUGUUCCUUGAAUGAUGUACAGGAAUCUAUGAAGAAACUGUUGGCUCAUGGGAAGAUAUUAGUAGGCCACGGUUUAUGCAAUGAUCUUCGAGCUUUACAGAUAGAUCAUGCAAAAGUUAUUGACACAGCUUAUGUCUUCAAAUACCGGGAUGCUCCUAACAGAAGACCUUCUUUAAGUAACUUGUGUAAAUUUGUGCUAGGCUAUGAACUCCGAGAGAAUGGAUCUCCCCAUAAUUGCUUGGACGAUGCAAUGGCAGCAAUGAAACUUGUCAAGAAAAAAGUUGAGCACGAUUGUGAUGAUUCUAUACCUUUUACCCCCCGUGAGGAGGGUGGUGAAGAAAAAGACAGGACGGCGAAGCUGCUUAUCCACAGGAUACCAGUAGGCAUUGGUCGUACGGAUUUGCAUGAAAUAAUUUCUGGAGAGUUCACCGUUCAAAAUAAGUUUAAGCCAAAUAGAAAGCAACUGGAUAGGUAUUCUGCAUUUGCAAUUUUCAAGAAUCAGCAAGAGGCAAAUGAGGCAUAUGAGAAGCUUGAAGGUACCCAAGAAAAGGACACUUUCGGACGGCCUCAGAAACUCGUUUCGUUCAAACUCGACACCGGAGUGUCCGGGAGUCUUUGCGUUCGCAAGAUGGCUUGUGGAAAUCUUGAUGAAAACCCAACAGCCAAACGGUCCUUGCAAGACGAGGAGGAGCCCUUGGAGGAGAAAUCCAAGAAGGUCAAGACGGAUCAUCCUCACCGUGACGAUCGAGGCGAAGAAGAGCUCGGCACGAACAAUGGCAGCGAGUGUGGGGCCCACUCUGCGGAGAUCGAACAGCUGAAGCGAGAACUGAGACAAAGAGACGAAGAAAUCACCAGCUUGAAUCGAAUCAUCGUUGCGCUCGUUAGGAAACAGCAACUUUAGCACUCUUCCCCGUGAGUUUUCGAGUGGUAGCCCCCACCCCCACCCCCACCCCCCAAGUUUUGAUUUUUUACCCAACGUUGGAUGUAUUUGGUUUGUGUAUUUAUUAUGCUGCUCUAUUGUAGUUUAAGAGUGGCAUACGGUAGAAAUAUUGUUUUUUAUGCUGAGUUUUACUGAGUUGGGGUUUUGAAAUUUACCCGACAUUGGGUGCCUGGAUUUUACUGUGCCGCUGUAAGUUUAGAGUGUGACACGGUGAAAACGUCUUGUAUUAUUAUUGAGUUUUGAAGCAUUUGUUAUUAAUCUUCUUGGUUUAUUGUGCGGAGCAUUAAGGUCCCGUUUGG